AUGGAGAAUUACAACCAAACAUCAAUUGAUUUCGUCUUAUUGGGGCUACUCCCAAUAUCAAAUAUCGGGCUAUUCUUCUUCUCUCUCAUUGUGCUCAUGUUCCUAAUGGCUCUGCUUGGCAACUUGUCCAUGGUCCUCCUCAUCGUGCUGGACGCCCACCUCCACACCCCCAUGUACAUCCUCCUCAGCCAGCUCUCCCUCAUUGAUCUGAACUAUGUCUCCACCACUGUUCCCAAAAUGGCUUUCAACUACCUGCUGGGAAACAAGUCUAUCUCGUUCAUUGGGUGUGGGGUUCAGAGCUUCUUCUUCUUGACUUUAGGAGGCGCAGAAGCUCUGCUGUUGACAUGCAUGGCCUAUGACCGCUAUAUGGCCAUUUGCUUUCCCCUCCACUAUUUCACUCGGAUGAGUAAAAGAGCAUGCGUGCUGAUGAUAGCAGGGUCUUGGAUGACAAGUACUAUCAACUCCUGUGCCCACACUGCAUAUGCCCUACAUAUCUCCUACUGCCGAUCCAGGGCCAUCAACCAUUUCUUCUGUGAUGUCCCAGCCAUGCUGACGCUGGCCUGUAUGGACACCUGGGUCUAUGAGUGCACAGUGUUUGCAAGCACCACCCUCUUCCUCGUGGUGCCUUUCAUUGCUAUUGCAUGUUCCUAUGGCCGAGUGCUCCUUGCUAUCCUCCACAUGCACUCAGGGGCAGGGAGGAAGAAAGCUUACUGGACCUGCAGCACCCACCUCACUGUGGUGACUUUGUACUAUGCACCCUUUGGUUACACUUACUUGCGCCCAAGAUCCCUACGAUCUCCAAGAGAGGAUAUGAUACUGGCUGUCUUCUACACCAUCCUGACCCCAGUGCUCAAUCCCUUCAUCUACAGUCUAAGAAACAAGGAGGUGAUGGGGGCCUUAAAGAGAGUGAUUCAGAGAAUCUGCUCUGUGAAAAUGUAA